AUGGCCAUGGCUACACACUUCUCCUUUCCUGUUUCGGAAGGUUCUCGGGGAAGAGGAAGAUUCGUUCGGAAUCUUGUUAGAGCUGUAGCUUCCGGCGAUUCGGUGGCUCCGGCGACAUCGGAAAAAGUGAAAUUGGGUGGGUCUGAUUUGAAAGUGACGAAGCUUGGGAUCGGAGUCUGGUCAUGGGGUGAUAAUAGUUACUGGAAUGACUUCCAGUGGGAUGACAGGAAAUUGAAGGCUGCCAAAGGUGCUUUCGAUGUCAGUCUUGACAAUGGUAUAGAUUUUUUCGAUACUGCAGAAGUUUAUGGUUCCAAGUUUUCCCUGGGUGCUAUAAGCUCUGAAUCUCUUCUAGGAAGAUUCAUCAGUGAGAGAAAAGAGAGAGAUCCUGGAGCUGAGAUUUCAGUUGCAACAAAAUUUGCUGCAUUGCCAUGGCGAUUGGGUCGUGAAAGUGUUAUCACCGCCCUUAAAGAUUCCCUUGGCCGGCUAGGGCUUUCGUCUGUCGAUCUCUAUCAACUCCAUUGGCCUGGACUAUGGGGAAAUGAAGGAUAUCUCGAUGGUCUUGGGGAUGCUGUUGAACAAGGACUUGUGAAGGCUGUCGGUGUUUCUAACUACAGCGAGAAGCGACUACGGUCUGCUUAUGAGAGACUCAAAAAGAGGGGAAUUCCUCUAGCCUCAAAUCAAGUCAACUACAGUCUGAUAUACAGAGCUCCAGAGCAGACUGGUGUUAAGGCUGCCUGUGAUGAGCUGGGAGUCACUUUGAUUGCAUAUUCCCCCAUUGCUCAGGGUGCUCUAACUGGUAAAUACACCCCAGAGAACCCACCAUCUGGUCCUCGAGGUCGCAUUUAUACUCGUGAGUUUUUAACAAAGCUUCAACCCCUGCUGAAUAGAAUCAAAAAAAUAGGCGAGAACUACAGCAAAACUCCCACACAGGUAGCAUUGAACUGGUUGGUGGCACAAGGGAAUGUAAUACCGAUCCCAGGAGCCAAAAAUGCAGAACAAGCCAAAGAGUUUGCGGGAGCGAUAGGUUGGAGUCUGACAGACGAUGAAGUGAGUGAGCUACGAUCCAUGGCCUCUGAGAUAAACCCUGUCGUCGGUUUCCCUGUUGAGUAUCUCUGA